AUGGGCUCCGUCAGCCAAAUCCCUCCCGCGCACGAGGGCGACUACCCGCCACGGGGCGAUCUGCGCAAGAUGAUGGCGGCGCAGCCGCUGCCCGUCGUGGCCGCCGGGACAGUCGACCCCGCUUCCAUGGCGGGCGACGCGCCAAGCCAGCGGGCGACUGCCGUGCUGAGCGCGUUCAACGCCGCCGUGGCCGCGGGUGAUGCCGCGGCGCUCGCGAGCUGCUUCCUGGCCGAGCAGGCGUACUGGCGCGACCAGCUGGCGCUGACGUACCACCUGCGCAGCUUCACCACGCCCGCCGUCAUCGCCGCGAGCCUCUUGGAGACCGAGGCGCUGAGGGGCGUGCCUGAGGGGUUCAAGCUCCAGGAGGAGGCGCGCUACAUCCCCAUAUCGGAGACUCUACAAUUCAUGUCGUGUCCGAUUGCCUUCAAGACAACGUCGCCAGCGGCCACGGCGAGCGGAAGCAUGCUACUAGUGCCCGUAAAAACAGACGGGGUAGUCGAGUGGAAGGUUUGGGUCCUGGUCACGGUGCUCGACAACUUCGACGUGCAGCCCGAGGACGAGUCGCUGCUUCAGUCCCCAGGCAGACAGCUCGACGGUCUAGAGACGAUCGACACGGACGUCCUCAUCAUCGGGGGUGGGAAUGCUGCGGUCACUCUCGCCGCGCGCCUCAAGGCUCUCGGCGUUGAAAGCGUCAUGAUGGAGCGGAAUGCCCGGCCCGGGGAUAACUGGGCUCUCCGCUACGACAGCAUGCGAUUCCACCUCCCGACUUCGUCCUGCGAGCUGCCCUUCUUGUCUUACGGCGAAAAGCUCCAGACACCACACUUGCUCUUGCGCGAUGAAUUGGCAGAGCAAGUGAAGCGAUAUGUGGCGACAUUCAACCUCGACGCCAUCUACUCGGCCACGAUCCGGUCCACAACCUACGACCCGGAAAAGAAGCAGUGGGAAGUGCGGUUCGAGACCCCCGAUGCCCUGCGCACAGCCCUCGCGAAGCACGUCGUGCAAGCAACGGGAAUCUCGUCGCAGAAGCCGUACCUCCCCCCGAUGGCCGACAGCAGCCUGUACAAGGGCGUCAGCAUCCACUCGGUGGCAUACAAGAAUGCCCACGAGCUGACAGGCGCCGGGGCCAAGGCAAGCUCUUCGGUGCUAGUCAUCGGCUCGGCCAACACGGCGUUCGACGUGCUGGGCGACUGCCACUCGGCCGGCCUCGACACAACCAUGGUCGUUCGCUCACCUACCUACCUACUACCGGCCGAUUACGUCUUCGACCCGCACGCCACGGGCGCCUACGACAUCCACGGCGUAGCAAUUGUAGACCGGCAGUUCAACACGAUGCCGGCAUGCGUGGACGGGCACCUCGUGCGGGGCCGGUUCGCGGCCAUGGCGGCGCGGGAGCCGGAGCGGUACCGCGCGGUGGCGGCGGCGGGGUUCCCCGUGGUCGACAGCGCGCACCCCGACGCCAGCAUCCUGCACAACCUGAUCGAGCGCGGCGGCGGGCACUACAUCGACGUCGGCGGGUCGGCACUGCUGGCCGAGCGCAAUGUCGGCGUCAAGGCGGGCGUCGAGCCCGUCGCGUUCACGGCGACGGGGCUGCGCUUCUCGGACGGUAGCGAGCUGGACGCUGACGCCGUCAUCUGGUGCACCGGGUUCAGCGACAAGAAUGUGCGCGACACGGCGGCUGAGGUUCUCGGGGGCGGCGACGGGCCGGCUGCAGAGGGCAAGCUCGGUCCCCGCGAGAUCGCUGCCAGGUUGGAUGGCACGUGGGGCGUCGACGUCGAGGGCGAGAUCCGCGGCAUGUGGAAGCGCCAGAGCCGGCUCGACAGCUACUGGGUCAUGGGCGGCCAUACGCAGUACCACCGCUGGCACUCGCACACGCUCGCCAUGCAGAUCAAGGCGGCGGUCGACGGCUUCCUCCCGCCGGCAUAUCGGGACACGCCUGGAAAGUGA